GGAACUCGAUAGACAUGGUUUCAUGGAUGACGCGAACGGCGAGGAUGGCCCGUCUGCACCAGGAGAGCCUAAUGGUACGUUUGGGGCAGCACCGUAGCGUGAGCUCGCGGGAGGUGUUCGAGCGCGAGAGCAAGUACGGGGCCCACAAUUACCACCCGCUCGAUGUGGCGCUCACCCGGGCCUCGGGCGUCUUCAUGUGGGACUGCGAGAACAAGCGCUACUAUGACUUUUUGAGCGCGUACUCGGCCGUCAACCAGGGCCACUGUCACCCCCGCAUCGUCAACGCCCUGCGCGAACAAGCCGGCAAACUCGGCCUCACCUCGCGCGCCUUCUACUCGGACGUGCUCGGCGAGUUCGAGGAGUUUAUUACGCGGCUCUUCAAGUACGACAAGUGGUUACCGAUGAACACGGGGGUGGAGGGCGGGGACACGGCGUGCAAGUUGGCUCGCAGGUGGGGCUACGACGUGAAGGGCAUACCGCGCUACAAGGCCAAGAUCGUCUUCGCCGAGGGUAACUUUUGGGGCCGCUCGCUCGCCGCUAUCUCCACCUCCACAGACCCCUCGAGCUACGCCGGCUUCGGCCCGUACAUGCCCGGCUUCAAGACCGUACCGUACAAUGACGUUGAGGCGCUAGAGCGCGAGCUGUCCGAUCCCGAGGUCUGCGCGUUCAUGGUCGAGCCCAUACAGGGCGAGGCCGGAGUCGUCGUUCCCUCGGAGGGCUACCUCAGGUCGGUCCGGGACAUCUGCUCGCGCAACCGCGUCCUCUGGAUCGCCGACGAGGUGCAGACGGGACUUGGUCGUACUGGCCGCAGACUCGCCGUCGACCAUGAGCAAGUUAGACCGGACAUACUGAUCCUGGGCAAGGCGCUGAGCGGUGGCAUGUAUCCCGUGUCGGGUGUCCUCGCCGACGACGAAGUCAUGCUGACCAUCCGACCCGGUGAGCACGGCUCGACGUACGGAGGCAAUCCGCUUGGCUCCCGCGUCGCUCUGGAAGCUCUCAGGGUCCUCGAGGAGGAGCGUCUGGCAGAGAACGCCGAGCGUCUGGGGCGUAUCCUGCGCCAGGGCCUCGAGAAGACGUUGUCCCGUGACGUGGUGCAACUGGUGCGCGGCAAGGGUCUGUUGAACGCCGUUGUUGUUAACAAAGCCCUCGAUGCCAUGGAGAUCUGCCGGGAGUUGAAGGCGGAGGGUUUGCUGGCCAAACCCACCCACGGCCACAUCAUCCGUCUGGCCCCGCCGCUCGUCAUCACCGAGCCUCAGAUACAGGAGUGCAUCGACAUCAUCGCCAGGGUCGUCAAUCGCCAGAAAGUGCCCGCAGCCACCUGCUCCGCCGCUUCCUCGUGAGCAUUAAUUGCUUCAUUCGAAUCGCGGAGAACCCACAUCUCCGACCGUACUGUACAUAUAAACUUGGCGCAGUUAUAAAACGAAAGAUAAACAAAAUAUACAUCUAUACGUAUACAUACAUUGUAUGAAUAAAUUAAUGAUUUUACCCUCAGA